ACUGGUUUUAAACCUCCUGGGAUGCCGGUGUCCUCCCAACGCUCCUCCAGCUAUGCCUUCCCUUACCCUUUCUCCUCUUGCCUUGCUCUGGCGUUCUGCUCGCUCUCACGCUAGCCUUCUCUACCUUUUGCUUCCACAUGCGCCGUCCUUGCCCAUCAAGGAGGGCUCGCUCUUCGUAGACGAUAGAAUUCGUCCCGAUGCGUUUCAUGAGACAAAGCGUAUAAUUCGAGACUUCUUGAGCGGCCUUGGCUUCCGAUCUCCUCGGACACCGAAGAAUUUCGACUUGAGGCAGCAACUUACCGCGGAGAUCGCAUCGUGGAACAUCGACGUGAGCACAACGUUCACAGAGAAGAUGCUCCAUAACAGCUGCAACAUGGCGGAAUGCUGCUAUAGCCAUGAGAGUCCGGAGCACCAGUACUUCAUCGCACUCUACACGGCAUUCACAUUUUACGCCGACGACCACUGUGGUGCCGACCCAGAGCCCAUCGGUCAGUUUGCUCAGCGCUGUCUGGAGGGCGCACCCCAACUCGAUCCCGUUCUCGACCGGUUCGCGGCACAUUUGAAUAAGACGUUUGGCCUCUGGCCACGCAUUGGCGCGAACGCCAUUAUCAGCGGCACCUUCGACUCUAUGACAGCGAUGUACAUCGAGUACACUACGAAGGACAUGGCCACGCGACCCGGCGCGACCCGGUACCCGUAUUACGUGCGCACGAAAUCAGGCGUCGGUCCUCCGUACGCCCAUUUCAUCUUCCCGUCGGCCUGGCGGUCGAGUGUGAAUUCAUACAUUCAGAUCAUUCCUGAACUCGAUUAUUUCAUUAAUUGCACGAACGACCUGCUAUCCUUUUACAAGGAGUCUCUCGCCGGCGAGACUGACAACUAUGUGCAUUUGCGCGCCUCUGCGGAGCGCAAGUCACCCACUGAUGUGCUGCGAACAUUGGCGGCUGAAGUCACUGACACCGUAGAGAGGAUCGACGCUAUCACGUCUAUCGACCCCGAGCUGGCCGCAUUAUGGCAGAGGUUCUUGCAGGGCUAUCUGGAAUUCCACGUAAAGACGACACGAUAUCGGCUUGCCGAGCUCGAUUUCUAUGCCUGACGAACGACACAGCCGACAUUUCCGACAUCGCGAUGCUACUUCACGGACACCUUAUCUAACCUCUCCCGUACAAUUAGUCUCGCGGGCGCACGACCUUCCUACAGUUUGCCUAGUGUACAACCACGGCAUUUCACUUAUUAUGUAUUAUGAAGAUACUAGUAGCGCACUGCUGUCGUCUUCCUGGUUCUCUCCACGAUCAGGUUUGCCGGUUUCCUGCGCACCAGUCUCCCGAUGUACCCGUAUUGUGAUCGUACUUACAUGUGAUUCGC